AUGGGUAUUUUCAACAACGAGCCUUGUUACAGAAUCGCUUCUGGUGGAGCCGCUGGUCUUACUGAAAUUCUUCUUUUUCAUCCUCUUGAUGUCGUCAAGACUCGACUUCAAUCUCAGACCAAGGGAAGCGCCGAUGCCUACAACGGAAUAGCAGAUUGCGUCCGAAAAACAAUCCGCAACGAAGGCUUCCCAGCUCUCUACAAAGGAAUCCUGCCACCAAUCUGCGCUGAAACGCCAAAACGAGCGAUCAAAUUUUUCUGCUUCGGCUCGUACAACGCGUAUUUAUCCCGCAACACCGGCCUAUCCAACGCUGCUUGUGGCUCAAUUGCUGGCCUGGGAAGUGGACUUACGGAGGGACUUUUUAUCACGCCUUUUGAAAGAGUCAAGAUUUUGCUGCAGAACUCUAAGGGUUCUCUAAAAGAAACGCCAAGUGCAGCGGCUCAAAUGCGUUUGGUUAUUCAAAAGCAUGGAUUUGGAACGAAAGGAGGCCUGAUGACUGGCUGCACUGCCACUUUGGGACGACAUGGCGUUUGGAAUGCGAUCUACUUUGGUCUCUUUAGGACGGUUAUGCCGAUUAUUGUGCCGGAUCAGAAAGCUAUUUCGAAGUCGGAAUUGAAUUUGAAACGAUUUUUGUUGGGUUGCCUUUGUGGAACUUUAGCUUCUUGCAUUAAUAUCCCAUACGACGUGGCAAAAUCCCGAAUCCAGUCCCUCGGCGGCCUCCCAGGAGGCAAUUUCCACGGCAUGGGAGUACACAAAGUCAUGGCCGAAAUCGCCCGAGUCGAAGGUCAAGCCGCCCUUUUCGCCGGACUAGCGGCUAAGCUCCUCCGACUAUGCCCAGCUGGAGGUGUGAUGAUGAUGAUGAACGAAGUCGUUUAUGAUUACUUGACGACCACGUGGCCUCUUCAUUAA